GCACCUUUCCAUCACAGAGCAGAGCCAUGGAGGUCCUGCAUGAUGCAGAGGGGGAGAGUGUCAAAUACAAGCCCGGCGGGCGCUUGGACAUGAGCCACGGCUUCCUGAAGCACAUCAGGAGGAAUCAGAUGGCCAGGGAUGAUUAUGACAGAGAGGUAAAACAGGCUAAGGAGAAACAGGAGCGCAGACACACCAACACCCCUCGGCGUCCACGAAGACCUGACCGUCAGGUGUACCACCCACGCCACCAGAAUGGAUCUGAACCCGGUGUGAAUGCAGAGGCAGAGGACUGGAAUGAGAGCAGCUCUGGCACAGAGCAGGAAAACACUGACACAGAGCUAUUCUGGCUCGAUUAUCAAGCUGACAACGGGCAAAUAACAUCAUUCAUUGUUCACAAGGAGGACAAGCCAGAAGUUAUUGUGGAGCACGUGGCAGAAAAGAACGCUCUGGACUCGGCCAUGAGGGCGGCGCUGUUGGCACGUUUGGGACAAGAAAUGGACAAACGCUGUGACAAAUGCUGAGAGGAAGAGAGAGACAUUUUUAAAUAAAAGUGGAGAUAAAUAAAGUAAAUAACAGAGCAAGGCACUGAGACACCGCUGAGACAGAAAUGAAACUGAACUGCAUUUCUGUAUGAUGGCACCAAGCAUGCAGCAUUCACAGAUGUCAUGGAGAUGUCAUGUAUCCUAAUAUGUGAAAGUGCAGCUCUUGUAAGAGAGUGGACUCGAACCUCAAGAGAAAUGACACUGUUAAGCAUGAAAUCAAUCUUGUUUGAUCUAAAAUAGUAUGUAUUUUGGUAAUAUACAGAAAACAGGACCUGAAUUUUUCUUUCAACUGGAAAUUGAAAUCCUUGUCACUCCUCACUUCACAAUUGAGAAAGAUGUUGGGCAAAUGUUGUGCAGCUUGGUCAUGGCGCUUUUUACAACUGAGGUGACUUGCUGGCACUCGUAUUUUAAUGGGAUUUUAUAACUGCAAGAUGUACAUUGCUUCACUAGGUCCCAUGAGUCUGUCUCUUAUAGGCUUCCAGAUAAGAGUGUUUUAAAUACAGUUUAGGCUAAAUCUCCACAGUAAUCAGGUCAAAAAUUAAACCAAACAUCGAAUGCUUCCAGUCUGUUUAGACUAAGAAGGUUUGAAGGAGUCAACUUAUUGCUGUGAUGUAGAUGCUAGUGGAAAUAGCUGAGGAAGUUUAAGCAAAGUUAAAGAAUACUAAUGAGGUCCUCAUUGCUCUGAUAUGUAUAUCCAUGCAUUUGGAUAUCUGCCUUUUCCCUUUAUGUUCAUAAAUAUUUAUAUUGAUAUACUGAUAUGAAUAUAAUCUUUUCCUCUGUUGGUGCUCAUGAUGUUGUGCAAACAAAAAAGGACUGAUAUGUGUCUCUGUCUCUUUUUUCAGCUCUUCGUUGUACAGGUAGAUUUUUAUUUUUGUAAUUGUAUUCCAACUGUGUACUAUUGUGUUAUUGUAGAGAUUACAGCAUGAAUUCAGAUUGCAGGAUGAAUUGUUCAUUCUGUCAUACAGACAGAUGAUGGCAGUGUGCACUAUGUUUACAUUGUGCAAAAAUACAUUUUCCUUUAACU